GGUAAUUCUAUAAGUCUACGCCAUGGCAAGUCUAUAUUGUGCAAGUGGAAUUCUAUUUUCAGUAGCAACAUCAUUGCCGGUACUUACAGGAAAUACUUGAACGCAUUGCUCAACAAUGAAAGAAGGAAGGCAUCCCGUGUUUUCCUCGUCGUCGUUCGCAAUUGUUUUGUGGGUGUCACUCUCUCACCUUCUCUGCCUCGUCCCUGCUGGCCCCAUUGACUUCUCCAAACCACUUGAAGGCACGACACCCGACAUCAAAAACAUUUUCCUUACACGCUGCAAUAAUUAUCUCCAGACGAAAAAAGGCAACGGACUGUACAAUACUGAUGCCGAUAAAAACCCAGACAAGUUCUGUCAAGAAACAUGGACCAUAUUCAGCAAUGCAUUUAUACGAAAAGACAUUUGUACGGUGAAGAUAGAAGACUAUAUGCCUUACUUUAAAAAGACGGGACAGACACCGAUUCGGGAUAAGCUGAUGUUCUGGUCCGGAACAUUUAAGCUUUCUGGUAAAUACGCGAAAGAUGGACAAGUUGCUAUAACAUUGGCUGAAACAUUGACGGGAGCACUUGUCACUGAGCUAAACUGGUGUGGUGAUAAGACAAGCCCAGAUGGGAUCAACUACAAACAAUGCACGCGCUGUAAGAAGAAUGAAAACGACGAGACUUUGGAAGGGUUCGAGGUGUUCUGGAGUCAAGCAUCUGCAGAGUUUGCAAGGCGGGCUGUUGGUAAAGUCCGUCAUCUCAUAACAUCAACUGGUACCAAACUUGAAAGUCCUCGUCGCGAGAAAUCCUACCCUGCUUUUCACAAAUACACAUUUUUCUACAAGUACGAGCUGCCAAAUUUGAACACGGAUGAGAUGGGAAAUCCUGUGCGCAAAGUCACCGGGCUAGAGGUGAUUCUAGUGAAUGACCCAACAUUUAAUACGCCCUUACCUGAUGAGCAUUGUGGCAAGGGGAGCCUAAAGCAAUUGGAAGCUGAAGUUGCAGAAAAGGGACGCAAGGCGAAAAUUCCUAUUCCAUUCACAUGCGUGGAAAAUCCGAAGGAAAUCAUGGAUAUCCUCAAAAGCAGCGACCAGCCAAUAUCCUCGGAAAAGAGAUCAAAAUUCAAGCGAACUCGGCAAGGGAAGCACUGGAAGGUUGUCUAAGCGAUCCCGUUUGAAAGCAUCUAAAAGAGAUCGCCCGUCAAAAAUAUAACGUUUAAAAUAAUCAAUAAAACUGAUAAACAAAAAUAAGGGUAACAAAUAUUGGAUGAGCCAGCAAUGGUACACCAUUAAUUAAGUUCUUUCGAAAUAAAUGCUUAGCUAAAUGAA